UCUGCAAGAAAACAAGCUCAGAGCACCAAGGAGGUACAAAUAUUGAUUAUUCCAUAUGAGCCUGCCCAAUUUUAAUAUCCUUGAGGAAAGUCCUCCUUUGAAACGACAGCUACCAGAAGCCCAUUUCUGGGGAACUGAAUAGCUUGGAGCCUCUGGAACUACUGGGCUACUUUCAGAUAUUCUUUUGUCAGAGACAAGAAUAUUUUUAUUCAAACAACUUUUGGCAUAUAAGCCAACUUAUAUUACCAAAGACAUCUGAAAUGUGAAAGUGCCAUUCAUUUCUCAUUGAAGUAUCUUAAAUUUUACUUUCAAUUAAUUUGUAAUACUAAUUUUGCUUUUAAUUAAUUUAUAAGUGGGGGCUUUUUUUAUAUUUUAUAAAUCUACUUUUAUUUGUUUUUUACUCUUCCUGGCUACCCUGAGUGCUAUUUUCUACAAAAGCAGUGAAAUGUAAAUGAAAGAAACAAUGCUGAUCUACCAACAGCUACUCUUUGCAAUUCAUCUUAAUGAUAAAGUGAUUUUAGGAUGAAAUUCGGAGGCAAGCAUAAUCGUGAAAAAAUAUUUGGAGUGGGGCUAAAAUGUUUGAAAGUGUCAGGAAAUGAAGGAAGGUAUUUAAAUCCAGGCAGAACAUGUUUUCAUUUAAAAUGACAGCAUUGCGAAUAGCCUAAACAAAUCUGUUUGCAUUUUACCACUGGUUGAAUAUGUGAAAUUCAAUAUACCUUUUCAAUGUCUUUAAUUUUUCCCCUUUGUUAUUAGCGUCAUGAGGUUGGAUUCUUAUUUAAGUUAACAGAAAUCCAAACUCUGGGUCUGUCGAUGUCAGGAUGAGAAGAGGAAUGCCUUUUUCAUGAUUAGCUUCUCCAGCUAGCCAGUAGGUGGGUGUGUUUCACAGAGGAAAGCAGUAAGCCUCCUUCUCUCACUAAUUAGCUCAGCCAACAACAAAGAUAAGUGAGCCAGGGAGGGAGACCCCCUGAAGGGUCUUUUGAAUCUGGCCAAUGUCUGAUUGGCAGAUGUUGAAAGGGAUUCGUUGGUAAUCCAGUUCAUCAAUGAGCUGCAUAAAUUCAAGACAGGACUGGAAGAAUUCCGGCAUGUGGGCACUUUGUGGGGGCAGUCUGGAAAAAAGCAGCUCAAGAUGGACAGAACUUUGGAAUCUCUACAGCACAUCAUUUCUCAAGUCUUGCCUCACAGAGAUCCUACGCUAGCAUUUAAAGACUUGAACGUUGUGGCAAUGCUUCAGGAAUUCUGGGAGAACAAGCAGAAACAGAAAGGUGUAUUUUCAAGUGAAGGCACUGUGGUAUACGAGUCACUAAACUUGCCUGGGCCUCCAUUUGUAAGUUAUGUCACCCUACCUGGAGGAAGCUGUUUUGGUAACUUUCAGUGUUCCCUGAGUAGGGCAGAAGCACGACGGGAUGCUGCAAAAGUGGCCCUUAUCAAUUCUCUGUUCAAUGAGUUGCCUUGUCGCAGGAUCACAAAGGAAUUCAUUAUUGAGAGUGUCCAGGAAGCUGUGUCUUCCACCAGUGGUACUUUAAAUGAUGCAGAUGAUCCAAGCACAAGUAUUGGAGCAUAUCACUAUAUGCUAGAAUCAAACAUGGGGAAAACAAUGCUAGAAUUUCAGGAGCUUAUGAUCGUGUUUCAGCUUCUGCACUGGAAUGGAAGCCUUAAAGCCCUGCGUGAAACCAAGUGUUCUCGGCAAGAAGUGAUUUCCUACUAUUCCCAAUACAAUUUAGAUGAAAGGAUGAGAAGUCAUAUGGCACUGGACUGGCUGAUGAAAGAGCAAGAAAUUCCGGGCAUUAUAUCACAAGAGCUACAAGUGGCACUUAGAGAGCUCGAAGAAGCAAGGAAAGCUGGGCAAGAGUUGCGGUUUUACAAAGAAAAAAAAGAAAUCCUUGGCCUGGCACUGAGUCAACUGUACAGCGAUUCUGCAACUACCUCUUCAAAUGAUGAUUGCAUGAGCCUAGUCCUCAGAGGCUAUCGUUAGCCUACAUUUGAGAGUUGGGGUGAUAGUAUGGCUGCAUCUUGGUUAUUCAGAUCAAUAUUAAGGAACUGUUUACCUCACCUAGUAUACUGUGUAAUGUACUACCGUGUUUCCCCAAAAUAAGACCCAGUCUUAGUUUUUUUCCUCCAAAAGAGGCACCAGGUCUUAUUUUUUGGGAGGGUGUCUUUUCCAUUCAUUUCGCCAUGGCAGUAGCAACAGCCCUGCCCAGCCAGCCCACUUCUUCUGUGGCCAAGGAGCAGUUUAAUUCUGCAGCUGAGAAUGGAGCUCAGGCCUGCAUUUU